AUGUGUGAUUAUAAAAGAGAGAGAAUGUCAACUGUUGGAGCACCUGCUGUUUGUCCAUAUUGCAAUAAAAAAGUCUAUUUUGCUGAACGUCAGUUCUACAAGGGAGUGGAUUAUCACAUGAUUUGCUAUGGUAACUUGAUCAAAGAGGAACAAGCUGCAGCCCCAAAAGUAUUUGCAAUCCAUGAACAAAUUUUCUGUAAUCCACAAGAUAACGUUAAACACAAAUACCCAUUGGCACCAUCAGAACAAUAUAUUCAAUCUGUAGGUGGAAAUACUGGUCCAAAGAAAUGUACAAGUUGUAGAGUAGAAGCAAAACCAGAAAAAUGUUGUGUUUCUGAGUUGGGAAAAACAGCUUGGACUCUCAGAGUCAUCAGGUUGGGAGUUGAUAAAACAAUGUUGAAAUUAACAUUAUUAGCUAUUUUACUUUUAGUUUCUGUUGCAUGUGGACAAACAUUUAACUAUAAAAUAAAAGCAGGUCCAGUCGUAAAUGGAAAAGUUGUAACUACCACUUUCAAUAAUAUCCCAAUGCCUAAGGGAUCUUAUGAGAUUACAGGUGUUCAAGUUAUGUUCCUCAAUGAAACCAGCGCCAAACAAUACGAACGUGAAUACCUCAAGGUAUUGGCUGUUGAUAUCACAGUAAAUAAACCAUCCACUAGAAAGAUUGUAUCAUUCACACUCUCAAACAUUGCCCAACCAAUGGUUUUCCCAUCACCAUACGUUAUCUCCAUCCCAGCCAACUCUAAUGCUUCGUUGACUCUCUCCUACUUCUCCACUGCCAGAGAUAUCCAAAAUGUCUCAGUCUCUUACUACUUGAAGUUCUCUCCACAAUCUUCAGCAAGUUUGCCAUUGAUUCGUACAUCCACUUCGGCCACUGCAAACUCAACCUCUUUCAAUGUUCCAGGUACUGGUGGAUUGUUUGUACAAAAGGCAAGUGUCACCUGGCAAUCGACUGUUGAUGCCGCUUACUUUUUGACAUCCGCAUCAACUGGUGUUCUCAACGUAAGUUUGGUAAGUCCAACCAACCAAGUUUUGUGCGUAUCAAAUCCAGUCUAUCAAAAUGGACUUCUCUUUGCAAUGACCCCAUGUUCUUCGAUUGUUUCAUUGGUCAAAGGACAAUCUUACACCACCAUUGCUGUAUAUAAUAAUACAAAGCCAAUCAAGGGUGUUUUCGCUGCAAUGACUAUUUAUGUUGCUUUCCCUAAACCAACCACUACCGGUUCAACUACAUCCACUCACACCACUACCGGUCCAGCAACAACUCAUACCACCACUGGUCCAGCGACCACCCACACCACUACCGGUCCAGCAGCUACACAUACCACUACUGGUCCAGCCGCUACUCACAGCACAACUGGUCCAGCUGCUACACAUAGCACUACUGGUCCAGCUGCCACUCACAGCACUACUGGUCCAGCUGCUACACAUAGCACUACUGGUCCAGCCACCACCGGUGGUUCAUCCUCAGGUAAGACAUCAGGUGGAUCCUCAGGUGGAUCAUCAGGUAAAUCAUCGGGUGGAUCAUCAGGUAAAUCAUCAGGUGGAUCUUCAGGUGGAUCUUCAGGAAAGUCAUCGGGUGGAUCAUCAGGAAAGUCUACAUCUAGUUCCGGUACCACCCAAUCCGGUACAUCAGGAUCUGGAACAACCACUCAAUCCGGUACAUCAGGCUCAACUACUCAAUCUGGAACUGGAUCACAAUCAGGAUCAUCUGGUACCACCACCUCUGGUACUGGUUUCACUACCCAAUCAGGUUCAACCACUCAAUCCGGUACCUCUGGACAAACUACUGGACAAACUUCUGGACAGACCUCUGGUCAAACUUCCGGUCAAACCUCUGGACAGACCACUGGUCAAACUUCCGGUCAAACCUCUGGACAAUCAACUGGUCAAACUUCUGGAUCGACCGGUCAAACCUCUGGACAAUCAACUGGUCAAACUUCAGGUCAAACUUCAGGUCAAACUUCAGGUCAAACUUCAGGUCAAACCUCUGGACAAUCAACUGGUCAAACUUCAGGUCAAACUUCAGCUACCUCUGCAACUUCAGGACAAACCACUGGUCAAACCUCAGGUGCCACUUCAGGACAAACCACUGGUUACACAUCGGGUGGACUAGAAUCAUCUAGAUUUGAUUUCGCAAAGAAAGGAAGAAGAGUUCCAAAGAUCUACUAA